ACAUAAGAGUCGACAUCGGAUUCGUGCGGUCACUCGAAGGACAGUCACUCAAAGGACAGUCACUCGAAGGACAGUCAGUCCGACAGUGACUCCAGAGAAGACAAUUCAAUGAUGGAUAAGUUGACCAAAAUAUUUGCCACAAAUUUCAAAUUCAAUGAAAGCGAGGAAAAAGUAAACGUCGAGAAAGUGUUGGAUGAGACCACUGUUGAUGGUGUCGUCAAAUACAUCAAAAGUGGUAAAUGCAAGAACAUUGUGGUUAUGGUGGGCGCCGGCAUCUCAACCGGGGCCGGAAUUCCUGAUUUCCGGAGUCCGGGAAGUGGUCUUUACGACAAUCUAUCCAAAUAUAAACUUCCGUCACCUGAAUGUAUGUUUGAUAUCGGCUUCUUUCGGGAAAAUCCCGAUCCCUUCUUUGAUUUGGCGAAACAAUUAUUUCCGGGAAGUUUUAAUCCCACUCCAAGUCAUCGGUUCCUUAAACUACUGAAUGACAAGGGAUUGCUUUUAAGGCUUUACACACAAAACAUCGACACUCUUGAGAGGAUCGCUGGUGUGCCGGAUGAGAAGCUGGUGGAGGCUCACGGCACCUUCCAUACAUCCCAUUGCAUUGACUGCAAUAAGCAGUACACUCUCGAGUGGAUGAGAGAGAAAAUUUUUGGCGAUUCAUUUGUUCCCAAAUGCGAGAAAUGUAAGGCAACCGUCAAACCAGACAUUGUCUUCUUCGGGGAACGGCUGCCGCAAAGAUUUUUUAUGUUAGCCGAAGAGGACUUCGAUAAAUGCGAUCUCUUGAUCAUUAUCGGGACAUCACUUACUGUGCAGCCAUUCGCUGGACUUAUAGAUACUGUGAGUCCGAAGACUCCACGACUGCUCAUCAAUAAAACAAAAUGUGGACAAAGUUCACAAUUGGCUCGACUAUUGGGAAUGGGAUCUGGUCUUGACUUUGACUCUGAGAACAACUAUCGCGAUGUUUUGCUUCUCGAAGAUUGUGACAAAGGCUGUCAACAAUUAGCUGAUGCUCUCGGAUGGGCUCAAGACUUGAAACUACUUUGUGCUCCGGAGGGCAGGAGAGAGUGGUUAUGAAGAGAUCUGCAGCAGAAAUGUUAUAACCGGUCACCGGAUAUAUUGCAAUAUAAGGCC